AUGGGCAAAUACAGAGGGCCAGAGGGAUUGAGUCAAGGGUUAACAGCCGAAAGUGUUUCUCGAGGGUCACAGUGCGGCCUUCGUGAUCCUUGGGCAUCGACUGAGGGGGGCUUCCAGGACCGCACCCCUGUUGAAGAAAGGGCAGCCCAAAGACGGCCCCUAGACUUCAGAUACGUUGCCUUCAGGAAUCCACUAGCCUCAGUUUCUGACGAAGAGUUCUUUAUAAGCCUUGCGCGUACAGCCCAUGGAUGGUGCGCACCGCAAGCCGACAUUCCUGGCGACAAUACUCUUAGAGGGCACGGCGCCUUUGCAUUGCCCAUAAGUAGGCCCCAAAAGAUGGGGGAUGUGGAGAUCCCUUUGAGUUCUCUGAAAGCAGGGAGGCCUGCAGAUUCCUCUACGCUCCUUUCUCGUACGCGACUGGGCAGCAAUUCUCAAUUGCGACAGCCUCGCGCUGCUGCAGUAUUAGCUCCACCACCAACGGCAGCGGUAGCAGCACCAGCCAAAGGCUUUGCAGCCGGCUGUCUACCACCCAACGUGGUAGCCCUGGAUCGUCUGGGGCUUCGGAAAAGAAUUGCCAGAGAUGAGCGUCUUUGCAUGAGCUACGCUACCAAGAUACAAGUACUAGACACUCUGAACCUCACAGAUUUUAGUCCACAUACACAGACAACCGGCACGAAGGCACGAUGUUUAAGACCUAGGAUUGAGUUUGCGGCGCAGGAACUGCGUGACAAACUUCAUACCGAGAUUGCGUUGAAGCACGUAAUCGAGGACGAUGAGAAACGGUGUCUCGAGGCUGUCGGCGACCACGUGCACCAGCAAGACCUUACGAAGAAGCCGAAGAACGCGAGGAUGCAGCCAAACCCAGUGGCUUCAACAAUUAGGGAUUUCGAAGCGUAA